CCAUGGCGGGUCCGCGGCUUCUGGACUCCGAGUCCCAUGGAGCGCUGCGGGGGGCCCGGCGCCCGGCCCGCGGCCCCGGCAGCCGGCGGCAGGGCGGCUAGUUCAAGUUGCCAUAGCCGAGGUGAGGUGAGGCGGGCGGGAGGUGCCCGGGGACGGGGCGGCCCCGCCUCGGAGCGCUGUGCGGUUGCUCAUGACAACCAAGAGGAAUGCUUAACCAUAAAUAGCUUCAUUGUACUGAUGGCAGAUUCAUCCAGUGAUUCAGACAACUUACUUACGGGUCGGAUUGGAAGGCGGCCUUUGAGGGCAUCCCACAGCAGAGCUCAGAACUAUGGUGCUGAGGAAGUUACAGAGAAGAUCCAUACUUUAGCAAGCACUUUGCAGGAUACCAACAGAAAUCUAAGACAUGUUGACCAUUUGCUAGGACAAUACAGAGAAUACAACAAGGAACAAACCAAAGCCAUAACAACUCUGAAAGAAACACUGCAGCAAUCUAUAGGUCAAUUAAGGAGCCAGCGACUAAUACGAAACUCUGGAAUGAGAAGUGCCUCUCUCUCAAGCUUAUAUCCCAGUGACCUGGAUGGAGAAGGAAUAUCAGGCAAUUGCCACUUCCUGCCCACUUCUCCUCUCAGGGAUUAUGGCGACUCCCAGGGCAAUAAACACCGAAGGUCCAGAUCUGCGAGUGUCCGGUUUGUCAGUGAGGCAGAUAACGUGGAGCAGCUGCAUUCUUUCCACCAGUCUCUUCGAGAUCUCAGCAGUGAACAAGUUCGCCUGGGAGAUGACAUCAGUUGUGAGCUUUCAAGAAGAAAUCGGACUGAUGCUGAAUUAAGAAAGACUCUAGAAGAAUUGUCUGAAAAGCUUACUGAGUCUCAAAGACAAGAAACGGUAUCAGAACGAGUAGAGAGAAGACUUCAGGAGAUAGAAGAAGAAAUGCGUGCUGAAAGACAGCUGGUAGAAAGGCGCCAGGACCAGCUGGGACAUGUGUCUCUUCAAUUACAGGAGGUUUUAAGGAAGCAAGAUGUUAAAGCAGAUGAAACAGAAGAGCUCAUGAGAAACAAACUUGUGCAAUAUGAAAGUCAAAAGCACCAGCUUGAGCAGGAAUUGGAGCAGUCCCGGAAAAAGUUGAGUGAAUCUGAAGGCAGUAGAGAAGCUCUUUUGCAUCAGAUUGAGGAUCUUCGUUCUCAGCUUUUGAGAGCAGAAGAAGACCGUGUAGAAUUGCAACAUCAAAUUUCAUAUGCUGCUAUGCAUCGCCAGAGCUAUCAGGAUGUACAGGAUGAUGACAGGAGAAUUAGAGCAGUAGUUGAAAGAUAUGAGAGAGAGAAGCAAGAUCUAGAGAAACAUAUUUUGGAACUUAAAGCAAAGCUGAGUCACAAUGCUGUAAUGUCAGAGGUAGAAGAACUGAAGAGAUGUAUAGAGCGUAAGGACAAGGAGAAAGCACAGUUGGUAAUGCACAUACAGGUGUUAACAUCUGACCUGGAAAACAGGGAGAAGCAGCAAGAAAAAAUGUUGGACCAGCUAAAGGAGAUACAGAAUUGCUACAAGGCUUGUGAGAGUGAACGCAGACAAACUGAACUCCAGUCUGCUGAGUUAGCUCAACAGGUUGAAGAGAGUACCAAGGAAGCAGAACGGUAUCUCACUGAAUUCAAGCAUGCAGAGGCGCUCAGGCUGGAGGUUGAGAAAAAAAGAGAAGAUUUGAAGGUGAGAGCCCAGGAAACCAUCCGCCAGUGGAAGUUGAAGUGUAAAAAACUGGAUCGUGAGGUAGAAAAGCAAAAUCAAACUAUAAGUGAAUUGAUGGACAAGAAUAAACAGGCCCUUAAAGAAAAAGAUGAUCUCAAAAGUCAGCUUCUCUCAGCCAUAAACCAGAUAGAAAACCUGCGGAAAGAGCUGAAUGAUGUGCUUACAAAGAGAGCCCAGCAGGAAGAACUCCUCCACUGUAAAGAGGUAAAACUGAAUGAAAUGGAGUCACACCAGGUAUCUCUUGAAGAAGAGAUAAAAGAAGUUCAAGGUACUGCAAAAAAAUUGGAGAAUGAGUUGAAAAAGCAAGUCUUUCUACAAAAUCAAAUGGAAGCUGAGAAGGAACACUUGAAGACAGAACUUGCAUCUAUUAACUUGUUUCAUAAAAAAGACCAAGAACGACUCCUAGAAAUGCAAGUAGAUGUAAAAAAUUUAAGUGCCAUACGUGUGGAACUAACAAACAGAAUUGCAGAAGAGGAGAAAGCCAAAAAGGAAUUACUUAAGAGCCUCUCAGACCUCCAGAAACAGCAGGAAUCUAGUCAUGAAGAGAUGAUUUCAGCUAACAGGCAGCUGAAGAUGGAAAGAGAAACUCACCAACAGGAGUUGGCAGAUCUUAGAUCAGAGUUACAAAAUGUGAAAAUCAAACAUGAACAAAAUGUUCAAGAACUCACGAAACUCCUUAAACAAGAAAAAGAUGAUGCAGAGGCUCAGAUUAGAAUGCUAAAGAUAGAACUUUUAGAAGAGAAAAACAUAACUAAGGCUCAGGGUCGACAACUGGAAAAAAUAAAAGUUGAGAGUGAUAAAUUGACAGAAGAAUUAAUCCAAAAUGAGGAAGAAAAUAUAAAAUUAAAACGGAAAUGUGAGUUUGUAAAACAAGAACUGGAGAAAAAGGAAAAACAGAUCAGCAAUGAAGAAGAUCAUUUGAGAAAGAUGAGUGAGGCCAGACUGCAGUUUAAAGAUCAGCUGCGUCAAUUAGAAAUGGAACAGCAAUCCAUUCUCUCCACGAUAGGAAGUGAAAUUGAUGCUGCCUGUGAAAUCUUUUCUCGAGACUCCAUGGAGAAAUUAAAAGCAAUAUCCCUUACACCAACAGUACUGAAUGAUCCUCAUCGCUGGUUAGCAGAAACAAAGACUAAGCUUCAGUGGCUGUGUGAGGAGGUAAAGGAAAGAGAAAGUAAGGAAAAAAAGCUGCGAUGCUACUUGCUGCAGAGCCGAGAACAGCUCAAGCACUUGACACAGAUAAAGGAGACUGAACAUCAGUCUCUCUUUAAGCAGAUAAAAAGCCAAGAAAAACUUCUGGAAGAAGUUCACAGAGAAAAAAGAGAGCUAUUAGAGAAGACACACAGAAGAGAGGAAGAAAUGGGAGCUCUCCAGGAACGUAUUAUGGCCUUAGAAAUGAGUACCCGAGUAGCCUUAAACCACCUGGAGUCUGUGCCUGAGAAACUGAGCCUGUUAGAAGACUGCAGAGAUAUUGGAGAGUCCCAUUGCCGAAGGGAGAUGAUUGAGGAGAGGUAUAUGAGGUAUAAAGACAUAGUGACUUCUUUGCAGCAGCAGCUGGAAGAUUCAAAGCAAAGAGUCAGGCAGGUCAAGGAUGUGCAAAUGGGUUCUGAAAUUUCUGAUGCAGAAGUGUCUGCUCACUCUUCUAGUUGGCGAACUCAAAACAGCUUUUUGUGCAGCUCACUGCUUUCAAGUUCAGGUUCACUUAUGAAAGGGAUUGUUCCUUUGGAUACAAGUGGCACCAAGGAAGAUUCUACUAAUGCUGCUGCUAGUGAAAUGAAGCUGCAAGCAGAAGGAGGAAAGCAAUAGAAUAUUUUAUGAAACCACACCAGUUUUCUCUGUGAUUUCUGGCACAUCUCCUGAUUCAGAGGGUCAAGAAAACAAAACAGGCACAUCCAUCUGUUCUGAUCUCAAUGGCCAUGACAGGAACAAGAAAGAAAUCAACAAAUAAACUUCUGCUCUCUACAAAGAGUGUUGAUGUCAUGAAACAGUGUUUAACUCAAGCCACAGCUACUAUAAACUAAACUUACUUUAAGUGGAUCCAGCAUUUGUAAUUUAUUUUUUUUUAUUAGUUCAGAGCAGAGGUGGAAGUAUGGCAUUUAAAAUAUUUUAACUGGUUUGGUCUGCUGAAACUUAAAAAUUGCAAAAUUAAAUGUCACCAGCUUGCAGACUUUAUGGUACCUACAAAUUAUGGCCAAAACUUUAAAAUAUAUUAUUAAGCAGUACAUCAUGUUCUCAAAACACCUUAUGUGGUAGCCAAGUCUGGUGCAUGGAUUGCUGAUGGAUAACUGUUUUACCAAAGUUUAAAUGUUUUUGUGACAUGAAAGUAGGUAAAUAAAUGGGCCUUUGAGAGUCUUAGCUGAGAAGUAGUACCAGAAAUACAAUGUCCUGUCUUUUACCUAAGGAAUUUUUAAAAACAUUUAUGUAUUUAUACAUUUUUUCCUAACUUGUAACUUAGAAAUCUGAAGUAUGUAUUCUUAAAAUAGGAUCACUACUGCUUUAUAUGGUUAGAAAACUAAGGACAAGCAGUGUGAUCUCCCUCACAUCAGGUAUGGAAUCAACUUCUGUACUAUAUAGGACAGAAAUUACUACUGAGUGAACAAUUUUACUUUAAAACUUUAAGUAUGUUCAGUGCCUAGUAUAUUUGCCUUUGCCCAUGUGGCUGGGUUUUCAUCUAUUUUAUAUCCUUUUAUAAAAUUUUCUAAAAGGUGUGGAAGAACAGAAGAGAUGUCAAACCACAUAUACACACACACGCACACACACAGAAAAUAUUCUUACUGAGUAGACUUAUGGACUCCAAAGCCAGGAAAUUCUUUCUUAAAUUUACCCUCUUGGCAUGGCAGUCUAGAUAGCAUGUAAUGUUUGUCUCUCUUCCACCUUUGAUAAAGGUUCAUAUUACAAAGUGAAUUUUGUUUCCUCUUUACUGAAGGCUAAAGUUCCAUUCAUGACAUUAUGUAAAACUGUCCCUUUGUGGUUUAAGAAAUAAUAUUUUUUCCAUAUUGGUCUGAAAUAAUAAUCUUCUGUACAAUUUCAGUUUUUAAAGUAGAAAAGCAGAUAAUUUUUAAAUAAAACCUUUUGUGUAUUUCACAUCCUAAAAAUUGCCAUCCCUUCUGAUAGCCAGUUUUUUAUACUUUAACCCUUUAAUGGCCUGUUACUAAUUUCUUACCCAAAGCAGUGGUUUUCAGUAAUCAAGAACAUGGUAUUGCAUACACAAAAAAUGAUGUUUUAAGUCUUUGUUCUGUUUAGCUUUUGGUAAAUCAGGCAAUUUUUAAUGUAUGUACUAAAUACAUACAUAUUUUAUAGGCUAGUAUCAGGCAUUCUAUUUUUUUAAAAUGCUGUACUGAAAUACAGUGCUUCAAUAUUGUGCUUUCAAAAAUGCAUUGGUCCUCUAUUUUAGCAUCAAAUAGCUGUCACAUGAAUAAGCUAUAAAUUUUAUGCCCUUCAGUUCCUAUUGUUUUACAGCGGACUUGAGAGUACUUAAUUACUUUUGAGAUUAUAUUUACUAAAUAGACAAAAUAAUUGCUUUUUAUUGUGUAAUUAUGUCAUCCUAAGAAGAAAUGUCAAAAUAAAAAUAAAAAAUAAAAUUUUACAGUGCAAAAAAAAAAGCAAUUUUAUUACAUUUACUUCUCAAAUUUUUCAUGGAAACCAGUCUUCAGUGAUGGUGAAAAUACUCCUUGGAUAUUCAAAGUUCAGACACAUUUUUACUAACUAUUACAGCAAAGUAAAUAAAAUAUAUUAAAAACCCAUACAAAAAAGAAACAACUAUUCUAAAAUACAUUUUUGAGCUAAGGAAUCUACAUAUCAGUUCAUCUCUGGCUUGCAAGGCAUAGUCUCUGCAUUGGGUAGCACUGUCUGGUUUUUCAUGAAUGAAAAUGUUAGUAUUACUCUGAAAAGAAAUCAGUAGGUAUUUUUGAUACACUGAUUAUAGUUUUUAUGGCUAAAAAUGAGAAGUCUGCAACCUGGAUGUGCUCUCAUAUCUAUAACAUGCAGGAAAAAUUUUCAUAAAUUUUUGUGACAUUGCUUUUUACAGUUUAAUUUUACAGUACCUGUAUUAAACUCUUUGUGUCUGCAGUGUGUUAGUAACAAAUUUAUCUUUCUCUAAGCCCUUGUCACCCUACAGAAGUAAUUGAUACUGAAGUUAAUAUGAGCUGCAGGUCAAUAUCUCACAACACAGCCUUGUCAAAAAUGGAUGUGCAGGAGGACAUCAUGCAAAGUUCUGUGAUUUUGAUGUAACU